AUGGACUGCGACAUCGAGAAAGAAACUUAUAUAUCCGAGUGUAUUCCUCUUUUCCACCAGGGUAUUUCGCUGAAGCCAAUGUUCCAAGUAGCGAUGAGAACGGUAGAAGACUACUGCGAGCGGAACAACCUGGCCAUCGCUGGCUACUACGAGUCGCCCGAAAUCGUCAAGAGCGCCACGCCAUCGCAGUACGCGGAGAAGGUCGGCGACAAGCUCCGUGAGCAAUUCAAGGACGCCUUCCUUCUUCACAACAUUUGGCAAGAAGACUCCAAAUUCGCCCUGAGACCGUUUGUCAAAGAGUCUGGAAAGUGGGUUUACUCUUCAAACAAGCUCAGCUUUGAGAACGAAAACGUUUUCAAGACCGUCGCUCAGCUGCAUAAAGCCGACUUCUGCCUCGAACUUCAAGACUUUGACUGCUACCUCGACAACUUCACGAACGACUGGACAAACAGAUCUCUGCAAGAAGUGAUUAUGCUUGUGGACGCGCAAACCGAGCACCAAGAUGCUAGUAUAAAGGCGAAAUGA